CUCUUCGAUGGACAGAGUUUUUGCAGCCGAACGUGCCACUUACCGGCCGCUGGAUCUCAGGACUUAAGAUGUCUUCAUCUGCCAGGCUUCACAGAAGACAAUAUGGAAGAUCUUCGGUAGCUAAAAGCAGCAAGCCAUAUAAACCUUUUCUGCCGACUUCUUAUUCUCCCCAAGAGGGCUACUUAAAGGAGGGUGAAGACAUGCUAAGUGUUAAAGAAUUACGGCAGAAUGUGGCUGAUUAUUCAAAAAGGCACGAAGAGAACCACGAGCGGCCCCAGUCCACUCAGUUCGGUGAUGCCGGUGGCAGGGACACUCGGAAAGAACGGCUUUUCCAGCACUUUUAUCAAGUGGUUCAGAAAGAACGUGAUCGAGAGAGGCCUUCAGAUUGUGUUAUUGUUUCUAUCAACAACGAGCAAAGGGAAUAUGCAACAGGCAUAGGUCAUCGGUUACAGGAUCACGGCCUUGUGGUGGAAAUGAUUCACCUCUCCUCCGAGUCAAGUCUUAUGAGAGCGCUCCAGGAAGUUAAGGAUGAUAGGUCGCCAUUUUGCAUUCUUGUUGAACAGUCUAAUGUAAAACUUUCCUCUUGCACUGUAAUUAUACUUCAUGAGUCUAUCAAAAGCUCUUUCUCGUCCCUAGUACAUCGUCAUAUGCCCCUGGAAGAUGCCCUGGACCUGGUGGCUAAAGAAUACAGGAGAUUUUUCUCGAAACGGGAGCAGCAGGAACGGGCUGGAAUUGCUUUGCAGGCCGGAGAUCUGGUGGAUGACUUCUUGGCCCGGGAGCGCCUGACCAGCUACUCCGUCCCUUCGGGCAUUCAGCACCUCCUCUUCCUAUUGAGUGAGGGAAUGCAUUUGUAUGGGAAUGAGUUGAAUCUGCUCAUUGACUACCUGAACACCAGGAAAGGGCACCUGGAAGGCUUUGAGACACUUGAGUCUUUGGCUACCAGUGAUCAUUCCUCAUUUCAAGGAAGGAAUACCCCUGUUGUGGGCAAGCUGCCUCCGCUUCUUCCAACCCCUGGAAAGCCCUCCUUCUCGGGCCCUCAUCUCCCACUUCCUGCCAAGUCCCCAUUGUUAGGGGACAGACCGGGAGGGGGUCUCCUUCCACCACCAGGACUGGGCAACCCCAAAGGUCUGUUUGCCCCUCCCCUGCUCCCAGCAGCCCCCUCCAAGAGACUUGCUCCUUUGGGAUGCCUACCCCCCAAGAGUGCCAAGCGCCCACUGCUUGGGGAGAAACCAGGCCUUCUAGUACCACCUCCAGCUCUUCAGUCAGUGCUGCACAAGCAGACGGCGCAGCCCCCAUCUCUGCUGAAAUAAGAAAAGCUCCCGGAGCCAGGAGAACAGAGUGGCUGCUGCCCAGAUGGUGGCUUCACCCUCCU